GUUCUUUCCGCAACUUUAUAGGUAGUCGACGUCACACAUCACAUCUCCAGUCCGACUCACUGCCUCACGAACAAAUCCUCCACCUAGAAUUCGCGCCACCCGCACCAACUGAAUCGCAGCAACUGAUCUGGAUUCUUGAGGAUUCACCCCCUCAACAUGGGCGUCUGGCAAUGGUAUAGAGGUCUUACGCCUAGGACCAGGAUGUUCAUGGGCGUGGGCAUAAUGGCGUACGCAGGCUUUGGCCUCGUCAUAUCCAACGAGAUUGAGAAGCGCUUCGACAUGACCCCGGACGAACAAGACUACGAAGAGGUCCGCCAAUUGGUCCCCAAAAUCACUACCGUCGAGAAAGGUCAGCGAUGAUUCAGCAUUGGUUAGGGAAUCUUCACUAUACGCAAUUGUGAGAUCCAAGCAGAAUCGCUAUUGGUUUAAAUAUAUACAUGAUGAAAGUCCACAUGCAUGGUGGUGGUGGUGGUGGUGGUGGAGGAAGAGAGGAGGAGGAAGAGAGGAGGAGGAAGAGAGGAGGAGGAAGAGAGGAGGAGGAAGAGAGGAGGAGGAAGAGAGGAGGAGGAGGAGGAGGAGGAGGAGAGCAAGGGCGGCGCUCAGGCGUAGUAGAGCCACGCCGACAGCAAGCCCAGGCGAUGCAGGAAGAUAAGGAAGGCGAAGGUACAGCCCAAGAACGCGAAGACGGUGCCGACCAGAGCGAAGUACUAGCCCGAGUCCAGCUUCUUAUCGAUGCGCACAAGGACCUCCUUGGCCUCCUCGGCGAGCACCGCGGCGUGCUCUUCCGGCCGCGUCGGCUUGUAGCCACCAUAGCGGGGUGCGACAUCGCCGAAGAGGUCGAGGAGGUUGGCGAGGAGUUUGUACUGCAAAGGCUGCUAGACCCAGAAUCAGGAAUGUCUUCAUCUCUGGAGCUAUGGCGAGUUUGAGGCUGGAUUGAGUUCGCCUGUAGUAUCGUAGACGGAGAACGUGCACGCUUGAACGAUCAUGUCCGAAAUGUCUUCACAUGCACCAGAGACUAAACUCAACAAUGGCGAAGACGGUGCUCGCUGGAAGUAGAGGGAGUGCCCGGGGUGCAAAUGCAGAACUCGAAGCUUCAUGAAGGUGGGAAUGAACAGUUUCAUUGAAUUGACUGGAUAUAGCUCCUAAACUCGCGCUUGCUACAUGUACGCGAUCCAACGAGACAACUGCAAAGCUAAAUGAAAUACCACGUUAACACUGCCCCCGGUUGCAUGGGGGGGAGUGACAGAGGCGGCUUGGGGUGUGCACGUUAACCUGCGAGGAGGCGGUGGUGGACUUCAUCGGCUGCCGCCUCGGAACUCGGCUGCCGCCUCCUCGACAGG